AAAGGACACGGAGAGGUAAUCUCGAUCUCGAGAAAGAAAGAAAAAAAGAGAAGGCAUGGCCGCGGAAGAAGCGACGGAGUUCUACCUGAGAUACUAUGUCGGUCACAAAGGGAAAUUUGGACACGAGUUCCUGGAGUUCGAGUUUAGAGAGGACGGUAAGCUCCGUUACGCCAAUAACUCUAACUACAAGAACGAUACUAUUAUCCGCAAGGAGGUAUUUCUCACCCCCGCCGUGCUCAAGGAAUGCAAGCGUAUCGUCUCCGAGAGCGAGAUUCUGAAAGAAGACGAUAACAAUUGGCCGGAACCUGACCGUGUUGGAAAGCAAGAGCUCGAGAUCGUCUUGGGUAAUGAGCAUAUCUCAUUCGCUACAUCUAAGAUUGGAUCUCUUGUUGAUUGCCAGAGCAGUAAUGAUCCUGAAGGACUUCGCAUCUUCUACUAUCUUGUUCAGGACUUGAAAUGUCUUGUUUUUUCGCUCAUCUCUCUGCACUUCAAAAUCAAGCCUAUCUAGAGAAGAAAAUCAGUUUGUGACAUGUCAAGACGCGAUGAAUUUGUUGGGAACAUGAGGACUUUGUGACUGAAGUUUGGUUGUUUUUAUGUCUCUGGUUCUCUGUUUUUUUUUUUUGUUGGAUUUGGGUGAAAGUGGGUAUGUAAGAUGUUCUACCUCAACUUUUGGUCCUUUUUUGUGUCAACAUCCCAUGUGAAGAACCUUUCAUGAACCACAACCUAUCUUCUAAAAACCAUAUACUUGCUGUUUUCUUAUCACAAAUCAUUCACUCUCCCUAAUGUACAUCUACAUAUGAUGCAUGUUUCUUUUCCCUCAAGCCAAUUUAAACUAAGGAAUGUGAUCUAUCUAAAAUACAAAGUAUCAAAAACUA